AUGGCAAUCCUUAAGAUAACAAAGAAGCACAAGAAGCAUUUCAAUAACCCUUUCCCUUCUUCUUCUGCUUCUGCUUCAACCACCAUUCCUUAUGUCAAAGGCUCUCUCUUCAUCAACGCCAAGACAGUGCCUACUUCAGACCACAACUUGUUCUUCCCAAUUGGCAAUGAUUUCAAGCUUUCUUGCUUCCCAAACAAUGGUGUGCACCUUUCAAUUUCACACCUUUCCGAACCAACAAGGCCUAUAUGGAGUUCUAUCCCAGGACAAGCUUUUCUCUCGGCUGCAAUGGCUGACACUGAGGUUGAGGAGAGUAGAGGAUCAUUCCUUGUCAAAGAUAGAGACGUUCAUUUGGUUUGCAACCACCAAAUCAUUGAUGGUAUAAGGGUGAUCAAUGAUAAUUGCCAGUUUGAUCACAAUUUGGAAGACCAUGAAAAAGUUUCUGCAGAUUAUUCUCCAUGUGAUGAUGAUGCAGAAGAAAAGGCGAAAAAGCUUCCGAUUUUGUUGAUCACUGGAAGGCUAUUCAACAAGACUAAGAAGACAAAAAGGUUUCAGAAACAUGGCAUCAAUGCAAGUAUUCAGUUUGAAGCAAAAAGGCCUUCUGUGUAUGCAAGGUAUUGGAUUCUGUUCAGUCAGAAAACCAAUCAUCAGGUUGGUUUUCAAGUGAAGAUUGAGAAACCAAGCUUCAUUUCAGGAACCAAGAAGCAGGUUCCCACAACUACAACAACUUCUUCUAGAAUCUACCGAGGAUUCAAGAAGAGAAUGAACAAUAGAAAGAAGAGGCUUGGUUGGUGUUGGUACCUUACAAAGCCAAGAGGUUUUGUACUAGUUUCCUCAGUGGAGGAAGAAGAAAUGGGGAGUUUUGAGAUCCCAAAAGCAGAAGAAUUCAAUAGGGUUUGGUUGACAUAUGCGAGUGAGGAGAAUGAGAGGUUUUAUGGCUUUGGGGAGCAAUUCUCUCACAUGGAUUUCAAGGGAAAAAAGGUCCCAAUCUUGGUUCAAGAACAAGGUAUUGGUAGAGGAGAUCAACCAAUCACCAUAGCAGCCAACUUGGUCAGUUACAGGGCAGGAGGUGAUUGGAGUACAACUUAUGCUCCUUCUCCAUUCUACAUGACAUCAAAAAUGAGAUCUCUAUACCUUGAAGGAUAUGACUAUACUAUCUUUGAUCUUACAAGAUCUGACAGAGUACAGAUACAGAUCCAUGGAAAUUCAGUUGAAGGGAGGAUAUUGCAUGGGAACUCACCUUGUGAACUAAUUGAGCAUUUCACCGAAACCAUUGGAAGGCUACCUGAGAUUCCAGAAUGGAUAAUAUCAAGUGCUAUAGUAGGAAUGCAGGGCGGCACAGAAGCCGUACGCCGAAUUUGGGAUGAACUAAGGGAUUAUGAUGUUCCUGUCUCAGCAUUUUGGUUGCAGGAUUGGGUAGGGCAGAGAGAAACAUUGAUUGGUUCACAACUUUGGUGGAAUUGGGAAGUGGAUGCACAAAGGUAUUGUGGAUGGAAGGAACUUAUCAAAGAUCUUGGUGAUCAGAAUAUCAAAGUUAUGACAUAUUGCAAUCCUUGUCUAGCUCCGGUUGAUGAGAAGAGAAACAAAAAAAGAAACCUGUUUGAGGAGGCAAAAGAGUUGGACAUCUUGGUGAAAGACAAUAAUGGAAAUGCAUACAUGGUUCCAAACACGGCCUUCGACGUGGGAAUGCUCGACCUAACACACCCAAAAACUGGGACCUGGUUCAAGAAAGUCCUAAGAGAAAUGGUGGAUGAUGGAGUAAGAGGAUGGAUGGCUGACUUUGGUGAAGGCCUUCCUGUUGAUGCUGUUCUAUAUUCAGGUGAAGAUCCUAUUUCGGCUCAUAACAGGUACCCAGAACUGUGGGCCAAAAUCAACAAAGAAGUUGUUGAAGAACAAGAAGAGCAAGAGUUAGUUUUCUUCAUGAGGGCUGGUUUUAGAGAUAGCCCAAAGUGGGGGAUGCUGUUUUGGGAAGGAGAUCAAAUGGUUAGUUGGCAAACAAAUGAUGGAAUAAAGAGUUCAGUUGUUGGACUAUUAAGCAGUGGAAUUUCUGGAUAUGCUUUUAAUCAUAGUGACAUUGGAGGAUAUUGUACUGUGAACUUGCCUAUUGUUAAGUACAGAAGAACUCAAGAAUUACUUUUAAGGUGGAUGGAGCUAAAUUCUUUCACCACUGUCUUCCGCACCCACGAAGGAAACAAACCAUCAUGCAACAGCCAGUUCUAUUCAAACCAACAUACUUUUUCACACUUUGCGCGCUUCGCAAAAGUAUAUGCUGCAUGGAAAUUUUACCGAAUUCAACUAGUGAAGGAAGCUUCACAAAGAGGACUUCCUGUAUGCCGCCACCUAUUUCUACAUUACCCGAAUGAUGAACAUGUUCAUCACUUAAGUUAUCAGCAAUUCUUGGUUGGUUCUGAGUUUCUAGUGGUUCCUGUUCUUGACAAAGGGAAGAACAAAGUGAAAGCCUAUUUUCCAUUGGGAGAGAGUACUAGUUGGCUACAUGUAUGGACAGGAAAAGUGUUUUCAAAACAAGGAAUUGAAGAAUGGAUAGAUGCUCCAAUAGGAUACCCUGCUGUAUUUGUUAAGGUUGGAUCCAUCAUUGGAGAAACCUUUUUGAGUAACCUAAAAAGUUUAGGCAUUCUUUUGUGAAAUAAUUCAUUCAUCAUAGAAGGAUGUAUAUAAGUAGUACCUAUGUAAAGUCUCAACUCCUAAUUCAUGCCAUUGAA